ACUCCACCCGCCUCCAUGCCGUAUAUAUCCCAUCGUGGGGGCCAUCAGUGGCAGCACAUUUGAGGCAAUGAGAGCUCCAAAACUGCUGCACCAAUAUGCUCUACAAUGGAAGUCAGCAGCUAAGGAAGUGUUGAGCCACACCGUUCUCUUCGCUCAAUUUAUUUCCCUUUUGCACCUCACCGAUAGCUACAUUUGCUCUCCAACCCUAGUUUACGGCCCUAGCAUGCUGCCGACAUUGAAUUUCACGGGCGACGUUUUGCUGGUUGAUAAGCUGUCUCCCUUGCUGGGGAAGGUCGGCACUGGUGACGUCGUUCUGGUACGAUCACCGGAAAACCCUAGGAAGAACAUAACCAAGCGCAUUGUCGGCGUUGAAGGCGAUACAGUCACCUUCCUGGUGGAUCCCGGUCGCAGCGACCGAUCUAAUUCGGUGUUGGUACCGAAGGGUCAUGUGUGGAUUCAGGGAGAUAAUAUCUAUGCAUCAAAUGAUUCACGGCACCUUGGUCCAGUUCCUUAUGGGCUGGUUUGUGGGAAGGUCUUUUGUAGAGUAAGCCUUGCUGCCAUGUUCUUGAUUAAUUAUCUGUAUAACUUGAACUGUUUAAUAUUUUCAGUUUUCUUGUGCACUGCUUGGAAGCUUCAUGCUUGCUUACGUUACAGCUUCAAUCAAUAUCCAGCACUUGAGACUGUUUGCUUAUUGCUCCCCUCCCCCCUAUGAAUUGGUUUGCAUCUUUGUAAUUUAAACUGCUAUCUUCUGAUUUUGUAAGUUUGGUAAAUCUGGAUUAGCGGUUUGCCAAUUAAUGUUUUUGGCUUGUGGUGGUGAUCCUUGAUUAAUUAUGAUGAAGGAAGAUGUGCAACAUGUAGGAUGUGAUGGGGUUAAUAUCAUUUUUACCCUAACAUAUGCACGCUUUUGUGUCCGCUCCUAACGUAAGGGUCCUUAAUGCUGGAGCCUUAAUGUUUUAAACGGGUUCAUAUUAAUGUCUGGACUACCGGAUUCGGGCUGUCUUGCCUACAUCACAACCAAAAAUCCACGUGAGCAAAAACAUGGCUGCUGGAAUUAUAGACUUGGCAUUUAGAAUAUGUUAAAUACCAUUUAAUGGCCCAACGUAUACGCUUAUAUAUGUAUUUGUCCUAUUUUGCUUUCCUUUUAUUUUUUUGACAUGUUUGAUUAACUUUAUGAAAUAAACUAAUUAAUUAAUUAUUUCUACCACCCCUCCGGCGCGGCCAACUUCUUUGACACCGCCGCGAUGAAGGAGGUGCUUGCUGAUCAUUGGUGCUGUUCUACCCAAUGUUGGGGAGGCUGAAGAGGGAUGAAGACGGCCGAAUAGAGAUCAACUGCAACACCGAGGGCGUGCUCUUUGUAGAGGCGGGAUAGGGUGGUGGAUGAUUAUGGAAACUUCGCCACGACUUUGGAGCUCCACCGCCUCAGCCUGGUGGUGGAUUAUUUGCUGCCGUCCAUUCUCCCCCGCUCCAUUGGCGGACGCCUAUGUAUUGGACCUUGCUGUUUCCAGGGCUGCCUUGACCUUAACCUUCCUUGUUGUUAUGAGUGUUUCUGGUACUGGUGGCGUUGACAACGUCUCAAGUACACCUCCUGGUCUGUUUUCUCGGCUCCCGGAUUUCCGACACCCACUUCCACCGCUGUGCUGGCCAACGCCUCUGUAUCGGACUUGUUUGUGCUUGCUCCGCUGUCGCUGCCGGUGUGGAGAGUGCAGGGAUGUAGUGAUGGUCAUCAUUGUUGUUGGUGUCAUCGUCUUUGGGAGGGUGUUGGAUUGGAGAGAAGGAUGAGGGAGGGAGAGAGAUUAGUAAUAAAAUAAAAUAAAAAAAAUUAGUAAAAAUUUGGAGUGCCACCUAAGCAAAUCUGCGAAGAGGGCCCAAAUUUGGAGUAUCACAUAAGCAAACCAACCUGAAUUCCGGUCAUCAAGACAUCAUCAUGAAAAAUAUCAAAGGUUAGGACCCCAAUUAAGGACACUUACGUUAGGAAACAAACAUAAAAGCGUGCAUACAUUAGAGUAAAAAGUGAUAUUAACAUGUGAUGAGUAUUAAGACAUCCUUGGACUUCUAAAACUCUUUACUUCAAAGAAACUGAAAACUGCUCAGAUUCAGGUGUUCUAGCUAUUGCAGACCUAACAUUUUUUAGAUCUCAAGUGGGCUGAUUCAAUGCCUAUCUACUUGCUGUUUGAAUCAAUGAGGUAAGCGGUCUGCAGUCUGCAGUCUGAAUGAAUUUUCUGGGCAGUGGGCCCAACUUAGUUUCGUAUCGACUGGCCUUGUCCCAUGCUUGUGUAGGGCCGGAUGACUUUGUUCUUGGGUUGUAGCAAGCAAAGCUUUGCAUUAGUUAAACCUAUUACAUACAUUUUGAUUGUUAAACAUGAAUUCGUAACUUUUAUAAACUAUCGUAUAAAAGCACAUGUAUUUUUAAACGCUACUGCAAAGUGUUAAAUUUUACAAUAUUGUGACCUUUUCAGUGUUGCAUAUCAUUAUUGCACAGUUUCUCUUUAUUCGAUUAUCUGCUAUGUUUGUGAUAACUGAUGAGUGUACUUAGGUGUGGCUCCAUUUUAGAUUAGAGUACUUAAUUUUAGUUUUUCUAUAUCUAGUUUAUUUUAUUAAUUCUUUUAGUUUCCCAUACUUGGUUCAGAUAUAUAGCUUACUCAGGGUGUGUUUGGUUAAGCUCCUUUAUUUAUAGAGAUUUUUAGAGUUGGUUCUGUGUCUAAGUAAAUCUUGAAGCUUAUUCGAAAGAGCUUUUAAGCGCAGACAAGUACACUCUUGGUCUGCUAGUAUUCCUAACCAUAUAUUUUCUGGCUAACUAUAUUUGGCUCUUGUUAUAGUACUUUCUUGGGCUGUACUUAGGUUUAGUUUAUUUAAGUGUAGCUUGCCUUUUUUUUUUUUUAAGUAACACUUCUUCAAUAAAAAUGAUAAUAUGAAUGAUACAUUUGGUUAUUGGUUAUGGUAGGUAUUAAUUAAGUUAAGCAAUUGUUCCAUGCUAUUUUUAAAUGGGGUCUUGUGUAUAACACAAAUGAGUUGGCAUAUUGGGGUUUGUCUCGGGGAUAACUGCCUGAUGCUUUAGUGGUCAGAGAACUAAAUAUGUUGUCCUAUAAAAUGUGAUACUGUACACUUACUUCAAUUGGUUAUGACAUUAAUAAUUCAUUUCAAGGUUUAGUCGAGCAAGUGAUCCUUGGUAUUUUGAAUUAGGGUCUUGUCUGCAACACAUAAAUCAGAACAGUGGGGUGUGUUGUGGUUAUAACCGUCUGAUGCCAAUUGGUAUAGAGAAUUGAUGAAAGUAUAACCUGCUAAUUGCAGAUGAAUGCAUUCUGUGGAAUUUAUAGAUGUUUGGACUGAUUGCGUCAGGUCGUAUUGGCAGUCAAAAUUUUAAGUGUUAUUGAUUUAGUUAAGGCUGAUACAUUUCUUUCUUAAUUUAGGGUUUGCUUAUCCAUUCUUAUGACCCAUUAUUUAUGAUAACUAAUUUGCUUCACAUUUCUUAUAUUGAAAGAUAUUGCCAAGAGCGUUUAAUAACAUAUUAACAUGCAAAUGCAAUACGAUAAAUGCACAUUCUAAUUUACGCAAAAAAGAAAAAAUGAGCCAGUGCACUAAGUGCUGCUCAUUUGUCUUGUCAUAAUGGGUUGGCCUGUGCUUGAAAACUUUGCUCUGACUAGAAUGGACUGCUUGCAGACUUAGCUCAGAUUAGGACUGACCCACUUGACCUCUUUAAUAUGGUAAUACUUGCAUUCUAUCUAUAAUUAACACGAGUCACCAAAUAACUCCCCAUCCCAAAGAAGCUAGUUUCUCUCAGUAAUAACUUUUGUUGGAAAACAUAUAAGGUUCUCUCCUUAAUGUGUGACGUUUUUAAUGUUGGUUGUUGCCUACUCUAUCUUGUGAUUAACAGAUCAAUCAAAAAGUAACAACCCUCACCCCAAGGAAGCUAUUUCCUUUCAGUAAUAUUUUUUUUCUGAUUUUAUGUGAUAAUUCUGAACAUAUAAGGUCCUCUCUAUAAUCCAUGAUUUCAAUUUUUGAGGAAGAAUGCCAAGUGUGAAUAGUUAGAUAACAUUGUGAAUAAAUUAUCAAUCAACUAAUCUAUCCAACGCAUAUGGGUAGUCGUAAGGUCAUUACUUAAGAAGCUCUAAUUGCAGGUGUCCUGUGCAAUAUUUACUUUAUCUUGUUGUUUUUUGUUAUGCAGGUAUGGCCACCUCAAGAAUUUGGACGUUUGGGACAAUAGAGCUACGAGAAUCAUAAUGUAGUUAUGGGUAUGUUGGCAAAAACCCUAUUAUUUGAUUCUGUUGCCCAUCUGAACCUGGCUUUGCCUCUGUUUGGUUGACCUAAACAUGGUGUAACAUGGAGUACAGCUUUCUCCAUGUGUUUGCCAAAAUUUCAGAAUAAGCUGAAAGGGGGAAGAGUCAGACAAAUUUGUUUAUUCGAAGGCAACAUGUAUAUAAGUUUGUUAUUUGUACGUCUCUUUCUGCUAGUAUCACAACCCGGAUCGCAGAAUGUCUGAUUUAAUUUCACUAUUUUAUAGGUUGCAAAUGAAAAUUUGAGCACUAGUUGUGUGAAAUUGGUAACUAUAUAUAUGUAGGUGAAGUGAGGAAAUAUCCAUUGGUUCCUUGCUAGAUAGCUGUCAAAAGCUUCAUCGACAGGAAACUGUGAUCUGCCCUCAACUUCUCCAGAAUUGGUUCAGUUUCAAAAUCAAUCAAUGCUUGCCGAGCCUAACCAUGUCUCACUGUCACGGGAUGUCAUAUAUACUGAUUACCAAGGCACUACAUUGUUUUCCUACUCUAAUUCAAUUCACUAGGUAUUGGGAAUGAUGCGUAUAUAAUUUCAUACAGCAUCUUCAAUGUCAAUCUUGACUUAUUACUACUAUUCUAGUGUAAAAUGUAGAGUAAUUUCAUUUUCUAUCUCCAAUGGUUAACUCAA